ACACUAGUUGAGUUAAAGCCCUGUCACUGUUCUUUCUUUCUUUCUUCCGCGUUGCGUUGUUUUGUCUCAAUAAAAACCCCUCAAAUCUCAUUCUUAAUUCCUCUUUUUCACUCUCUACUUUACUUUUGCAUCAUCAAAACAAAACGCAGAAACAUAGUGAGAGUGAUAGUGUUUUGUGAGAAAAACCAAACAAAACAAAACAAAUAAUUGAAUUUGAAACGCUUAAAGCUGUUCAAUUCAACGCGCUACAGAACAAAAAACAAAACCGUUUCUUCUUCUUCAUCUUAUGGCAUGUUCAUGUUCCAUUAAGAACAAUUUCCCAUUUUCAUACCCUUUUUGCUUUGGACCACAGAAACCCACUUCAACACUUUCACGAUCAUCAUGAUUCGCCGUUUCUUUCUUCUCUUCUUCCUUUUCUUCACUCAAUUUGCGUCGCUGCAAGCAUUCACCGGAACCUAUGGUAUAAAUUAUGGGAGAAUUGCGGAUAACAUCCCAUCACCUGAUGAAGUUGUUACUCUUCUCAGAGCUGCAAAAAUAAGGAACAUUAGAAUAUACGAUGCUGAUCACAGUGUUCUCAAAGCUUUUAGUGGGACUGGUCUUGAUAUUGUGAUUGGAGUUACCAAUGGACAACUGCAGGACAUGAGUUCGAGUGCAGAUCAUGCUUUGAAUUGGGUGAAACAAAAUGUGCAGGCAUUUCUUCCCGAGACGCGCAUUCGUGGAAUUGCUGUGGGAAACGAAGUUUUGGGUGGGAGUAACAAUGCUUUGUGGGGAGUUCUUUUGGAUGCUGCGAAAAAUAUUUAUAAUGCUACCAAGAAACUUCAUUUGGAUAAGUUAAUUCAGAUUUCUACCGCACACUCGUUUGCCGUUUUUCAAACUUCCUACCCUCCCUCCUCUUGUAAAUUUAACGAUAAUAUUAAACAGUAUAUGAAGCCGCUACUAGAGUUCUUCCAACAAAUCGGAUCUCCUUUCUGUGUGAAUGCUUACCCUUUCCUAGUCUAUAUUGGUGAUCCGGAGAAUAUUGAUAUAAAUUAUGCUCUUUUUCAACCAACAAAGGGAAUUGAUGAUCCGGUAUAUAAACUGCAUUACGAUAACAUGCUUGAUGCUCAGAUUGAUGCAGCUUAUACUGCUUUGGAGGAUGCUGGAUUUCAUAAAAUGGAAGUCAUAGUUACUGAGACAGGGUGGGCCUCUGCGGGAGAUCAAAAUGAAGUUGGAGCAAAUGUAACUAAUGCAAGGACGUAUAAUUAUAACUUGCGUAAGAGGCUUGCAAAGAAGAAAGGAACCCCACAUAGACCUAAAGAUGUUUUAAAGGCAUACAUUUUUGCAAUUUUCAACGAGGACUCAAAGCCUGGUCCUACCUCUGAGAGGAAUUAUGGAUUGUUCAAGGCUGAUGGGAGUAUAUCGUACAAUGUUGGGUUUCAUGGACUUAAUGCUGGAUAUUCAUCUCAUUUGUCUCUCAAGGAUAUCAAUACUCAAGGUCUGUCGCGGUCCUACGCCAUCACCAUCAUACUGUGUUUAUCAACUCUGAUACUGAUGAUUUUCUAGAGUUAGUUUCCUUGGCAAUGAAGGGGUUUUUUCCCUUGGUUUUACUUGCUCUCAGAGUCUAGAUCAAAAUUAUGCCAUUGAUUGCCAUAUUUCAUAAAAGCAAAAUCUGGAAAUUUUGAUGUAUUUUUCCCAUAUUUAGAAAAUCCGUAAUUAUAAUUAUUUCUUCUCAUAAAGCAUUUCCCCUUCUUUACUUCGAUGAGAUAUAUAAAACAUUUUAGUUUUAAUA